AUGGGGUCUACCCUGAAAGGAGCUAAUCUCACAGUCUUUGGUUGCCUUAACCACGGGAUGCCUCUCUUCUUGCGAGAAAACUCAUCACUGAAUUGCGAAUCAGAAUCGAUGGCUGGCUUUUUCCUCUCUGUGAACGUCUCUGCUAAUAUUACCAAACUGAGAAUUCCCUACCCACAAACAGGCACUUGGUACCUUAGUCUGCGCUCUCUAUGUGCCACUGAACACGGAUUUGAAGCAUGCACCAACGUAACAGCAGAGGUGUACAUGCGCUCAUACCUGACUCCGUGCAUCAACGACUGCGGGACGUACGGACAGUGCAAGCUCCUGCGCACCAACAACUACCUUUACGCCGCGUGCGAAUGCAAAGCAGGCUGGAACGGCUGGGGGUGCACGGACAACUCCGAAGCCUACACCUACAGUUUCCAGCUCCUCUCCACGCUGCUGCUCUGUCUCAGUAACCUGAUGUUUGUCCCACCUGUGGCCAUCGCCAUCCGAAGCCACUACCUGCUGGAGGCUUCCGUCUACAUCUUCACCAUGUUCUUCUCCACCUUUUACCAUGCAUGUGACCAGCCGGGGAUUGUGGUCUUUUGCAUCAUGGAGUAUGACGUCCUGCAGUUUUGUGACUUCCUCGGGUCGCUCAUGUCGGUGUGGGUCACGGUGAUUGCUAUGGCCAGGCUGAAGUCCAUCGUCAAACAGGUGUUGUAUUUGCUGGGGGCGAUGUCUCUGUCCAUGGCUUUGCAGCUGGACCGUCACGGUCUGUGGAACCUGCUGGGGCCGAGCCUGUUCGCGCUGGGCAUCAUGGCUGUAGCAUGGACGGUGCGCACUGUUCGCCGGCGGCGCUGCUACCCGCCCACCUGGAAGCGCUGGGUCUUCUUCCUCUUCCCCGGCACCAUGAUCGCCAUGUCCGCCGUGGCGCUGUAUGCGUUCGUGGAGACGGAGGAGAACUACUUUUACAUCCACAGCAUCUGGCACAUGCUGAUCGCAGGCAGCGUGGGUUUCCUGUUGCCACCUCGCGCCAAACCCGACGCCAAGGUGACCCCGCUGAAACGUAAGCGGGGCUGCGGCUAUCAGCUGUGCGUGAACGAACACGAGGAACUGGGCCUGGUGGAUCCAGCCAUUAUAUCCAUCAACAGCAUCUGCACCAGCUGAUAAACUCUCAGCUCCUCAUAUUUUAUUUUAUUUUUACUUUUUUUUUUUUUUUUUACCUUAGAGACACUCCAUUGCCUUCUUUUACUUGGGGAAUUCACACACAGGAAUUGAAGCCACAGAACCUUUAAAAAAAAAAAAAAAA